GCAAAGAAUCCAAUACCUCACAAUCACAACUUUGUUAAUUUACAAUACAUGAAUGAAUUCACAGAGCCCAAGCAUCAUAUUAAGCACUUGCCCUCCUCUUCCUUUUCACCUAUUAGAAGACUAUACUUACUACACACAUAUUCUACUUGUUUUAGUGGGAAAUUUUGAUUUUGCCAAGAACUUGAAAGUUGCAAUCCUUUGUUUUUUGCAACUUGCCUUUCCAAAUUCCAAAUGGGUAAUGUGGUGGAAUUGAAAGUGGAUUUGGACUGUGAGGGCUGCAUCAAGAAAAUAUUGAAAGCCAUUAAGAAGAUAGAAGAUAUAGAAACCUAUAACAUUGAAACCCAGCUCAAUAAGGUGACAGUGACAGGCAAUGUGACUACAGAAGAAGUGAUGAGAGUUCUUCAAAAGAUUGGGAAGCAAGCUAGCAAUUGGGAGGAAAACUAAGCCCACUAUAAGAUUCAACAAUUUGAGAAGGAUUAUAAGAUCAUAUCACGUGGCAGCCAUUUUGCUCUACAGCUGGUGGCUCAUGUAGAAGUCUUUUGCUUUUCUGAUUUUUCUUUCUUUGCUCGUUGUUGGUCUGGAGGUUGAAGUUUUUGCUACCUUCAAAUUCUUUUUUAUUAAUGUACUUUUUCAUACUUUGUAUGUUUCCAUCAAUAAAAUUUUGUUUUGUCGAUAAAAAAGAAAAGAAAAGAUA